AUUGUCUUGGUCAUGGUUACGUUUGCCGUCUCGUCCGUGGAGCGCAGCAUCUGCAAGGCGGAGCUAUCCAAUCGUCAGCCCAUUACGGCGCUCAAGGAGUUUGCCACAGAAGGCUGCAGAGACAUUGUCCAAGCCACCCACCUCGGUCCCGUUGUUGCGUCUGAAAGUGGCUUUGUGCGUGGUGUUAUUGAAGCCUACAACAACCACCACGACCUCGUGCUUCGACCGGACGAUAUUUGGCUCGCGAUUUUGAUUCAGUUUGGUCUGUACGUCGAUGGCAACGCCGAAGCGCUGCGGUCGUCGCUCGUCAAGCACGAGGGUCAGAAGGAGCUUAUUGUUGAUGCCAAUGGGACAUUGUACUCGGUCGACUUUGGCGCGCUCUCCAAGCAAAUGGUCGACAAGAUGGACGAGUUCCUCGUGGACCCUAGCCUCAAGCACUGGGUGCUUCCGUCCUUCUCGACAACGACCGACCACGACGUCAUUGUCGGCAGCGUCGUGCUCAUGGCCACGAUGAAGAAGUUCUUUUCGUACAAGUUUAGCCUCAAAUGCGGCAUUCCACAUGUGACGCUCCUCGGCACCGUCGACGAUUGGCAAGACAUUCGGCAUCGCCUCGACAAGCUCUCGACGUACGGCGAGCGCAUGACGCAGUGGACGACGAUGCUGGCGCCGAUUCUCGAUCAGUUUGUGGCGGCAGCACAAGGCCAGGCCGACGUAGCGUUCUGGGACCGCAUCUGCAGUCGCAAAGGCGGCGGCUCGGGCCCGAGCUACCUCGCCGGCUGGCUCAGCGUCUUUUGCGUCUUCAACGACAAAGGCCAGUGGCAAGGCGACAAGAUGGCGAAAGACACGCGGCAGCGCAAGCCCGUUCAUCAUGUCGACGUCCCGUACAACUACCCACUCGUCGACAUGCAAGACAUUCCGCCUGGCUACCUCACGGUCGACGUGACGAUCGACGACAACGGGACCGAGCACGAGGCGCUCAUGUUUGCGGGGCACAUGUCGUACGGCCGUGGUGAAAACAAGCGGUCAAUUGUGCCGUCGUUGAGCUGGGCGAUCGCGCUCAAGAACGGCAAGCGCAAGCCCAAAGAAACCAACCCGUUCGGACUGUGAGACCUCACCUUAGACGUGGACAUCCCAAAUCAUGUGUCAGCUUGGUUUAAUAACACUCUAAUCACAUAGUGCUUGAUCAAAAUA